UUAGGGCUUUAGGAAAUCUUUGCUCGAUUCGAGGCGCGCAAUGCAGCGCAAGCUCGGCUAUAGGCCGGCAUUGCUGUGGAAUCCAGCAGUGUACGAGUACCUUAGAGAGGCUUAUGGUCCGGAUCACUUCUCUCGAAUCUGUGACGCGCUCACUCGGCCUUCUACGUACUGCUGUGUUCGCGUCAAUGCGAUGCAAACAAGUACUGCCGCCGUCAUCGCGGAGCUCAAGGAAUUCUUAUCGAGCAAGGAAGCGGAAGGAACGACUUGCUACGAGCAUCCCUUGCUUAAAAAUGUGGUGAUUGUGCCUGGCCGUGGUCCUUGCGACGUGAGCUAUGACGACGAGGUACAAAAGAUCGUAAUGGUUAGUAGAAAGUGUGCGGAAGCUGUGCUCCGUGGUGCCGAGGUUUUUGUUCCAGGUGUUUUAGCUUGUAGCGAGCAUGUCGAUGAAGGUGACUCCGUAGCAGUUUUUGCGAGGAUUGAAGUCAAGGAUAGCGCGGGGAAAUGGUCGAAUGGGGUUACUCGAGGGACGACUAUCCCUCUGAGCGAUUGGGAAUCAUCUCUUGGAGGCAGUCCAUAUGACUGGUUUAUCGGGAAAGGCCGCGCGAUGAUGUCCCGGCCUACGUUGUUCAGGGAAAGGCAAGGCAUUGCAGUUAAAAUGACAGAUCGGAUUUACAACCUUCCUGCCUUUCAUGGAAUACUUGAAGGAAGGGUGUUCUUACAAAAUCUACCGAGCAUUGUCACGGCCAUUGUCCUCGAUCCACAGCCUGGAGAGAGGAUAUUGGAUAUGUGUGCUGCCCCGGGUGGUAAAACGACUGCUAUUGCCUCUCUGAUGAACAAUACUGGAGAAGUGAUCGCUUUGGAUCGGACACAUAACAAGGUCCUGGAAAUUUUAAGCCUUGCGAAGGAACUUGGAUUGUCCUGCAUUCAGGCUUUCAAAUUAGACGCUUUGAAAUCUGUCCAGGUGGAUUCCGAUGCGCAAUCUUCGCUAGCGCUGACACAGCCUUUAGAGAAAGGUCUGACGUGCAAUUAUGCCUGUGUUUUUUUUGCAAAUAUCUCUCACUUUGGCCGUGCAGAAAUCCAGUGCUUUAUGGCAACUCUGGGUGAUCCCCCUCAGACUGAAGUUCCACCGACUAGUCAAUAUACAAGUAAAGCUCGUGAAAGAAAAGAAUCCCGGAGACUGAAGAACGGCCGUGGAAGAGGACAGCAUUUAGGAGGCAGAGUGGACAUGAUAAAACGCUUUCCUCCAAACUCGUUUGACAGAGUUUUACUCGAUGCACCAUGCUCGGCAUUAGGAUUGAGGCCACGUCUUUUUGCUGCCGAGGAAACGUUAGAAUCUCUGGGACGGCAUGCGAUUUACCAGCGUCGGCUGUUUGACAGAGCCGUGGAACUUGUGAAAGCGGGCGGAACGUUAGUGUAUUCCACGUGCACCAUUAAUCCUGGCGAGAAUGAAGCUUUGGUGCGUUAUGCACUAGACAAGUAUAAGUUUUUGGUGCUUGUGGAUCAGGUGCCAAAGAUUGGAGGCCCGGGGCUUGUCGGAGGAACGAGUGUCUAUGAUGGUCGUGGCUACAGGUACAAUGAUCUUUUUACUUUUAAGAGCAGGCCAAAGUUACUCCUUUUGAACUACAGGGAAUGGCUCAAGGAAGGAGAGCAAUAUCUAGUGCAAAGAUUUGAUCCGUCCAGUCCAGUCGAUACAAUCGGAUUCUUCAUUGCAAAGUUCCAGGUGCCGGCAACGAAGAGCGCAAACGUCUCAGGCAACUGUUAAGUCAUCGUUGAAGUAGAUGUGGACGACCGGGAUGUAAAAGUACGAUGCUAGGCCCAGGGACACAAACAGGUCGGCCUCGUCGGCUAUCCCGUUCUCGGUGUAGCUGUUGGCGUGCGCGUUGUACGCGAGAUAACGCUCGAGGAUGUGCUGCACAUUCUCCUCGGACGGCACCUAGUUGAAGAAAAUCAGGCGAGAAAGAGGAACAGACUUUGCCAACUUAAAAGCUUACCUCGAGAAGGAUCUCGUGGUCGAUGAGAACGUUCUUGAUCCUCACCA